AUGAGGUUCAAAACUCACAUGCUAAAAGAAUCGAAACGUAUCCUUUUGUAGAAAAAAUACCAAACAAUGUUAGUUGCAGCUACCUUAUAAUCAAGGUAAUUCUAAUCUAUUUCAGUCUAGCUUGAAAUCAGCUUAACAUUGCUUGCUUUAUGCAUCUCUGAACUAGUUUCAGUAAAUUUGCCUUUAUCCUGAUGAGGUAAGUAUUUAAUUUUUUCUGCUGCACACUACUGGAAGUCCAUAUAUUAAUUGCAGAUUCAAGUUUAUAUACACUUUUAAAGGACCUUGAUUUACUUGUGCAUACCACACUGUAUCCCAACCAAGAAUAUUUCGUAUUUUAACAGCUGUUUAUUUCAUAUAGAGGUCUGUGUUCUUCGUUGCUAGCACUCUGGUAGACUUAAUCCAAUAAUUAGUGUUGACUUCUCUUUAAAAAAUUAAUCCCACCCCUUAUGCACCAUGUCAGAGACUGCCCACAAUUUAGGCACGUGGGAGGGGCAUGCCAGUUGGGACCUAUCAAGGUCUAUUAGGUUCUUUCUGGUUCCCCAAGAUAAGUAAAUUAUAUGUUUGAAUAGCCCUCUAAAUAUUAUCAAGUGGCACGCACAAUUGUAACCAUGUGCAACCAUCAUUAACUUUAAUCAUGGUCUCCUUCACUACCCUGCAAGUGGAGGCCUUUCGAUCUUCCUGACUUAUCUAGGAAGACCGAAGGGCCUCUACUCGCAGUGUAGGUCCUCACGCACAGUUGAACCAACAAAACCAUAAAUUCUUGAAAUAUUUCAGGAAUGUUUAUUGUGUUUAUAUGACCAAUUACUGCAAAGAUCAGGACACGUAAGGUAGUGUCAAGACCACAAACAAACAACAAAUGCUUUGACUGUCUCUUCUCUUAUGUCUGAAACCUGUAAGUCAAUGGCUAUUGUGUUGAAGAGUGUGACUGUAUUUUUGUCUUGAUUCCUUGACUGAUUCCAAUACAGACAAAGACCUAGUAAGUUGUGUUGGUUGGACCACAGCGGAUGAACUGUUUUCUAGUGGGUAGGUUGUUGACCAGCUAGGGGGUGCAUUUAUUUGAUUAAGAAAUCCAGAGUUUGAAUUUCAAAUUUUGGUUUGCAGUGAUGACCAUAGUGUGUUGAAGUGGAAUCUAUUGUCUGAUGAGACAACACAGGUACAAUAAAUAAUUUAGUUAUAAGAAUGAUCAAUAACAUUGUCCUUUGGGCUCUCACUUACUUAGUUUUAAUAUGAUUUGUUUGUCAUGAUUUAUUGUGAAAUUGAUGGUGGCCCAUAAGUUCACAGCCACACUAAGCUGCUGUUGCAGUGAUAGUUCAGUGUUCCUUUACUGUGUGAAAUUUUGGCUCUUUAUCUGAUGUACUAGUAUCUGGUUAGGGCUCAAAUUACAGACACCUUAAUUCACACCUGCAUAUUAAAUAAUUCAGCCUAGUAAAGCUUUGCAAAAUACAGCUUAAUAUUUUCCUGUAUAGGGUUUGUGGUCUAUUCAUAACUUAUUCACACUAUAACACUUUAAGCUUCUUCUUUGGGAGAUGGAUGCUGUCUACAGCUGCUGCAUAGUCACAUACCCAGCCUUGUUUUCAGUCAUCCUUGGUUAUUUUGGAUGUGAUGUCAUCUGUCAAGCUUGUCAGGAGAAUUUGCGCAGGGUGCGGCUCCAUGAAACAUGGUUACCUUUAGCCCAGGAUAAAGCAAGGUUUUAAGCAAGGCUUUCUUGUCUCAAGACACGCAACUCAAGCUUUUAAAACACUGUUGAGCCUUAACUCUGAAACAAUAAUGAUAACACAAAAUGUUACUCUAAGCAAUACGUAAGAAGGUAAAAUACAAAUGGGAACAAAAUUUUAAUCCUGGAUUAUUCGUAAUCGGCCUCCAGGGAACCGGGCUCAGGACUAUCACCCUCAGUUUUAAGCCUCCUCUGCUCACUUGGAUAGCACAAACUGGCCUGGGGAUGAGGCUGUCACAUGCCUUUCUUUGAAUAAAUUAUCUCUGCUUUAACUUAAAUUUUAAUACACAGGUGAUCAAGUUGCCUGCAGAAAUCUACCCAACUGACAUUCACUGGUUUCCAAGAAGUGCUGGAGGCAAGAAACAAAGUCAGUCUGAACUAUUUGUUUUGACCUCUACUGAUGGUAAGUCCUUGGUCAUUAAUUUGAUUAAUUAACUUUAAGUUGAGUUUGUCAUUGAACUGAUUUUAUUGCAAGCAUCAGGGACUGACUGUUUCAUUAAUUAUUAAUCAAACAGUCAGUCCAUCAAUUAAUUGUGAAUAAACAAUUGAUUGGUCAGGGCUCAAAAAAGCCCAUCUUGUCAACCGGGACAAGUAGUUUUUCUUGCUGAGCAAGUAACUUGUAAAGCUCACCACUUGCCUGAUGAGUAAGGGCUCAGGUAAGUCGUCCCUAACAAAAUCAUUAGCCAAGACAAGCAAGCAAGAAGUGGCCCAGGCAAGAAAAACUGUUACGUGAGAGAUACUUGCCCAAAAGAUGAGCUAGAAUUCAAGUUUUUUUUCUAGCACUGGUGAUUAAUUAUUGUAAGCACCAAGACAUGAUUCUUUUUAUUUAUCAGGUGAACUGUCAGUACAUUAAAUAAGCACCUCCUUAUUACAGUCAAACCAGGUCAAGCGUACCCCCCAAGAAUCCAUUAAUGAAUUGAUUAUUCAAAAGUUGAAUCUGUUGCUAGUUGUAGAUUUCAGAUUGAUCUCUGCAUUCUUGUAUGUAUAAUGAGCCGUGAAUUCACACGCGAGGCAGUUAUGAAAUUUCUACCAGCUCCAUUUUCCUGAAAUUGACGUAAAUGUCUUCUAAGAAGCUUAAUCCAUUCAAAGAUUUCCAAUCUGACCAAAUACAGAGAAGUUCUCGUAAAACAUUCACUGCUCAUUACGCAUGCAGAAAUGCCGCUUUGAAUUUGACACCAGUUACGGGAACGACUAACGGAUUCAUUUUUCAAAUAAUCAAUUUACUGAUAGAAUCUUGGGGGGUAUGCUUGACUUGGUUUGACUGUAACAAGUAAGCAUAUAAGCUGUUAUCUAAUAAGUGCAACCCUUUUAAUUAACGUUUUGUAAAUGCUGUGUACAUUGCUCUCUCAGUGAAGGUGUAUUAUAUAUUAUUUUAUUGCAGGUAAAUUUCACCUUAUUUCACGCAAUGGUCGGAUUGAGAAGUCUGUUGAGGCUCACAGAGGUGCUGUACUGUCUGGAAGAUGGAGCUUUGAUGGAUCAGCUAUGGUUACAGGUUUGAAAUGCUGCUUUAGUUGGAUUGUAUGACUGUAAAAUGACCUCUUGAAUUUUAAAACUAGUCUUCCUCCUUAACAAAAUCUGAAACUUGAAAACUAUAAGUAUACAUGGCAAAUUUUAUUACUGUCAAACUCAGAAAAAUGUGAAUAGCUGAAAAAUUUCUGGAAUGUUGAUUGUGUAAUGACCAAUCACAAUGAAGUUCAGGACAUGUGACUGGACUAACUACUGUUGGCUGAUUGCGGUUUAGGUUUCUCACACCUUAUUGGCUUUCUCUUCGCAACACAAUAACAUUCCAUGAAUAUUUCCAGUGUUCACGGUUUUGUGAGUUUCACAGUAUGAAGUAUACAACACUCCUACAUUUAUACAACUAUACUUGAUAAAGGCUUCAAUAUGUUGCAUGAAUUUAGUUAAUGGCUAAAUGUUCCAUGGGUCUCUUUAAACAUGGGACAGAGAUUCGAGCUCUUUGCCCCAAUAAGUUUCGAUUUCUUUCUGACACAAUAAACAUUUCAUUUUUGAAUUUUCUUUUUCUUUUUUUCAACUCCUCAUGUUACUAUAAAACUAAUUUGCCUGUAGUGAAAACAAUAUUUGUUUUUGGAGCAUUAUUCUAAUACCAUCUAAACUUAAGUCAAGUUUUGGUAAUUUUUUUUUCUACCAGUUGGGGAAGAUGGUCAAGUGAAGAUCUGGUCAAGAAGUGGGAUGCUCAGAUCAACACUAGUUCAAGCAGGUGGGAAUUUCAAUUCUUCACAGAACCCUGUUUUUCAUAAGGAGAGUCUUACUAUGUUAUUAAACAUUAAUGAUGCUUGCAAGCUAGUAACCUAUCAGACAUGCAAAUUACAAAAGUGUCAGAGUUUGUUCUUUAUGAGGGGAGCAAGGGAAGGGAAGUGGUGACAGCACUCAUCCCCUACCAAUAUGGCCCGUGCUUGAAUCCUGGCAUUGAGGCCAUUUGUGGGUUGAAUUUCUUGUUGGUUCUCUCCCUUGCUCAUGAGGUUUUUCUCCGAGUUCCCGGUUUUCUCCUUUCUUUAAACACUGCCAAAUUCCAAUUCGAUCUGGAAUGCAUGGACAUGUUUCGAUGAGUUCUUUAGAACUCCUAAGUGCUCCAUGGGUAAACAAGUUACAAAAUUACAAAAAAAAGUACAAAAUAAAUAGCCUUUGCAGGGUUGUCAAAAGUAGCUGGCUGCCGACAAAAAUCGCCACCUUUGUACUUGGUUAGUAUUGCCCUGCUACUCUGCUUUGCAUUUCUUUACGGAUGGUGUUUUUUCAAAUAAAAUAUCCCUGGACUGGACGCUAAUUACUUUGACAACUCAGCCGUCUAUUUCAAAACUUUCUGACAACCGUGGCCUUUGGCAACUUACACAUCUGAUAAAAACAAGGUAACAUCACUAGCUCGCAAGCAGCCAUACUAUCGGAAUAGUAAAAGACAGUACUGUUUAUUUCCUCCAGAUGCAUGUUAUUAUUGACCAAAGGGUUUGAUUUGUGGGUCUGGGGGUUUGACUAUAGUUCCUACAACUUACUUAUGUUUAAUCUUAACAACUUGGACUGUAUAUCUACAUCUUCACCUAGACAAAUUUACCCAGCAAUUAUUUGACUAGUAACAGGUUGUGUGUUGUUUUUAGGUACCCCAGUGUAUUCUGUAGCAUGGAGCCCAGACUCAGAUCACAUUCUACACUCAAGCGGAAAACAGUUAGUCAUUAAACCAUUACAAGCCGCUGCUAAGCCAGUACAGGUACAUUGAUCAGACAAGCUAGACUACCAUGCAUGACAAUGACAAGUAAAUCUGUGACCAUACCUACCAUUUUUUUUGAGUCAAAGGGAUGAGAUUUUUAUCCUGAGUCAACCAGGAUGUGUCAAAGAUUUCAGAAGACAAUCUGAAGAUUUCCAAAGCUCUCAGUGUAGAUUUCAGGGAAACUACUUUCAUUCAUAUUGAUCGUCUUUUUCAUUGAUUGAUUUCUUUAAGUUUAUUUACUGUGUAAUGUGAUGUAUUUUUUGAAAAUGUGCCAGUUAAGGCCCUAAUAGACCUGUUUGGGAACGAGUGGAAAUAUACCGUAGUAGUAACUAUAAGUAGUGACUUACAGUUAACAUAGAUGUGCUAUGGUGUUCUUUUUUUGUUGCUACAGUGGAAGGCCCACGAUGGGGUUGUGUUGAAAGUUGACUGGAAUCCUAUCAACAAUCUUAUCAUCUCUGGUGGAGAGGACUGCAAAUAUAAGGUGCACAUAUAAUAAAUUAUUGUUCCAUUACCUCUUUCUAUUCCGUCUGGUUUUUAUAACAGCAUUGCCGCAUAACCCAGGGUCCGAAAUUAACUCUUUACUAUGGGCGCCAACUGGUGAGGAAGUAUAAAUUUUUGGUCACCAGAGGGCAAAUUAUUUUUGCCAAAAAUUCCCCUUGGUGGCUUGGAAACGUUCAACUCGUAUUGAUCGUAGCUGUUGUGGAGGUAUAUUUACAGGAAGAUUCGUUUCACGUUUAAAUUUAAAAAAUAUCAGCAGGACAAAGAGUAAGACACCUGUUGGCAAAGAGCUUUGAGGUUUCAAUUCUGAAUCAUUUUCUCCGAGCAUGAAAGUCUACAAUAACAAAAAAAAACAGCUUUACAAUUUGCCAGCUGGCGACCAGCUAUGAACUUCUGGUCGCCAGAAUUGAAUUUUUGGUCGCAUUGGCGACCAGGAAGGCGCAAUUUCGGACCCUGUAACCUGAUGUAGGAAUACUCACUAAGGGUGUGGCUCUGCAUGCUUUAUUUAACUGUUAACUUGACACUAUCGUCUCAUUUAUUUGCAGACCAAUGUCCUUUAAUUUUGGGAGGAUCAUUCUACCUUAAAAUUAAUUUUUUGUGAUGUGAUCAAUAUGAUCGCUAGCCUGAGAAAACAGCUGACAUUUGGUGACACUACCACUAGUUUCCCCACCAAGUGACGUCUAAGAAAGGAGCGCAGAAAUCCCAUACUGAUGACGUGUCACUACACUGAUCUGGGUAGUGCUCCUGAUUGGUUGAAUCAAAUUUCCCACGCAGCACGACCAAUCAGAGGCACUACUCAGAUCUGGGUAGUGAUGUGUCAUCAGUAUGGAAUUUCUGUGUUGGUUUCUCAGACGUCACUUGGCAGGGAAACCAGUGGGACCAUCGCCAAAUGUUGUCUGUUUUCUCAGGCUAUGUGAUAGCAAUAUAUACAUGUAACUAAACGGACCCAAUUGGUGUACUCUAUGAGCCAUUGUAAAAUAUGAAACCUGUCCAUCCAUACAGCCAGCAUGGGAAAGAAUCUUGUGAUGAGCCACAAGAUGUUGAGUAAAGCCAGGAGUGGUGGGAGAAAGAGGAGCAGGCCUCUGAUCCAUUAAUAGCUCCCAUGCACGAUUUUAAUGUAUAUCGCCAGUCUUGAUAUCUAUUAUACCAUAACAACUAUCACUAUCAUAACUCAAAGACUCAGGUUAAUAAUUUUUGCCAUAUAAAUUAAUAAAGGAUUUUAUUUUUUGCACAAUCAACACAGGUGUGGGAUAGUUAUGGUCGAGUGUUAUACUCCAGUAUGUUACAUGAGUAUCCUAUCACGAGCAUCUCCUGGGCUCCUGAUGGUGAGAAACUGUUUCUUUUGUGUUUCAUUGUAGACUAAACCCCUUCAAAAAUCAGCACAUCAAGGUACUGUUCAGUUACCAUGUUACUGUCUUUUUUUCUCUGCCAGAUUAAGUAACAUAGAAUCUCACCUUUACCUUACUGUUAACGCGGCCCAUACUUUUUGGAUUAGCCAGGGUUGUGGUGGAAAUGGUGUUGAUUUUGAGAGUUAGGGCUGGGGGUGCUGAUGAUGAUGAGGAGGAGGAUGAGGAUGAUGAUGACAGAGAAGACAAUGGUGAUGCCUUUGGUGACAAGUUUGCUAUGUAUCCACAGUAGAUAGAUAAAUGUACUGUACGUGAUAAUCAUCUAUACUUGCUCCGCAGGUGAGCUGUUUGCUGUUGGUUCUUUCAAUACUUUGAGACUCUGUGACAAAACUGGGGUAAGAUUUUCACCUUUUGAUGUAUAUUAAUAUAGUCACAAGAGAUAAAAUUAAUUUAUUACUUUCAAGUACUGGUAGUAGUAAGUCUUACAUUGUGAACCUUCCUUCCUUCCCUUUUGACUAAGAUACGUUUUUUAACCCUUAGUUGAGUCUGUGGACAGAAUACCAUUGUGUGACCAUAAAAUAAAACUUAAGCAGUACUAUUUGUUUUUCAGUAUUAUUGGAGAAAUGACAAUUGGAAAUUUUUUGCAUUUUAAUAUUUUGACAAUCUCUUCAAAGUUUUAGAUAAAUUCUUUCUUGCAGUGGUCCUACACUCUGGAAAAACCCAACACUGGCUCACUGUUCAACAUUGCAUGGUCAAGCGAUGGAACACAGCUUGCCGGGGCUUGUGGGAAUGGUCAGGUGAUCUUUGCUCAUGUGAUUGAGAGGCGGCUUGAGUGGAAGAACUUUGAAGUUACAGUCACAGAUCGAAAGAGUAUAGUGGUGAGAGAUGUCACCAAUGAUGUCAAAGAAUCCUUAGGUAAGCCUUCCUUGUCAUGCCGUAAACUUGCUGCUCAUAAGCACCUCCUCCCCUCUCCCAGUUAUAAGCUUAUCUACCUGCAAACAAAAGACGAAAUUGAUUUUGAUUUAAGUAAUGAUCUGGGUAAGGUGGAUAGCAAUUUCUUUUGUUAUGUGGCAACUGUGCUUUCCCCACAUAGGAAUGUUCUCAUUUUUACACAGAGAAUGCAUAAACCUACAUGAAGGCCGUUUACGCAAUAAAAUGCAUUUACACUCCACGUCGAAAGGGUGGUUUUUUUUAGUUAAAAGAUUUUGACCAAUCAAAGGAGUUGAAAACAACAGCCAAGAAAAGUUUACAAUUUUUCAUGUUCCCCACAUAGGAUUUCUUUGUUAUUGAAACCGAGACCAGAUUUUGUUAUAUGGAGGAUGGUUGGAAAGUAAGGAUGAAUAUAUGUACCGCUUUAUAAAGUUUGGUUAACUUUCCCGCUUUAAGCCAAUCAGAAGUACGUACAGACAAUAGAAAAGUUAGCAUCUUUUUUGCAUUCCAACAUGUUUGUUGCCGUUGUUUCUAUCGUUCUUAACUGGACGGUUUCUUAAUUAAAGACAUUAAAUGCAGAAAUAUGCAUUUUGAUCAGCACUGGUAUGGCUUGUUUGACCUCAGACAUAAAUCCUCCGAAAACCCCUAGUGAAGAUGUAUCGGCCCAGGGCUUAUGAAAGCUAGUGUAUGGUAGUCAUACUGACGAUAGAUACCGUAGAACUGAGUUGUAGCGCCAAUGUAAUACACUAAAAGAACUGAGUGGAGUGUAGUAAUUAGUCUGUAAUCAUAUGUAGUGAUUAAACAAAAUCAGGUGUCUCAUUUAUUUGAUAACAAAUGAUUAGCGUGAGUUGAAUGACAUGAAGCCGUUACCAAUAGAAUAAUUAGAGAAUUUUGUUAUACUUGUAGUUGUGUUACAUGUAUGUCAUCUCUUGUAAAAUGAAUUGAUUGUGAAAUGCUUUUUAUCAGACUUCCGCGACCGCAUCAUCAAAACUUCACUUGCUUUCAAUCAUCUUGUGGUGGCAACUACAUCACAGUGUUAUAUCUACAGGUAGGUCUAAAUCACUGGUUACAAUACUGCUCAUAAUAUUUUAUUGCAAAGCACAAAAUAAAGCUCUUUGACAUAGUUACUUAGUAUGUAAUGGAAGGAAAACUGCUUUUAACCCUGCAAACCCCAAGAUCCAUAGACAAAUUUUCUCCACUGAUUUCCAUACAUUUCCUUUAAGAAUUAUUUGAAAGAACUUAACAAAAGAUCAAAGCAUUUUCCUUCAUGAUCUAUUGAUGACAUUAGGAGAAAAUUGAUGUUGGUCGGAUGUUGGUCACUCUGGGGACUUAAAGGGUUAAACCAAAAAUUUUUACCUGCUACCAUGUGGUUUGUUUUAAACUUAAUUCCAUUACCAGGAAGUUGCUCUCUCUCUGGUCUGCUGUUGAAGCCUUUUCCUCUUGGUGAUUUUUCUUGUCAGCUGGAAAUUUAUACCCUCAUUAUUGCUUUCCAUAUUGAUGUUAUUGGGAUGCGGUCUUGUGUGGCCAGGGAUCCCCUGUCAGUAACUCCAUUCUUAGUCUCCUAUACGCCAUUUAUUGAAUUGUCACUCUACACUCCCCUUGCCUGGGGAGGAGUGUUGUGGGGAGGAGUGUUGUGUGACAACACAAAGAUUGGUUGUGAAUGAGACUACUCUGCUCUCAGUUCACCGAUAAUUACUGGCUCUGCCUUCCUCUUUGUAUUGUGAACUUGAUUAAGGUGGCUCGACUGGAUUCUUUUAGGGGAUACCUCCUAGGUUUGAGUGUUAACUACGUCGGCAUCAGUAAACAUAUGGAAAAAAGGUUGCCACAACUGUACUAUAUAACGAUGAAAAUUUCUUAUGAUCUGGGUUUUAUUGCAAUCGGAGUCGCUAUGGCAACGUAAUGACGCCAUUACGCUUUUUAUUUAUCUUUGUGUUUCUCUGUACCAGGAGUUUUAUGAAGAAAUCGCUUAAGGGAGUAUGUACCUGCCAUAAUUGCCUCCAUUAUGGCAAAGUUUGAACAAAUUCUAUGAGAGCGUUUUCGAAAUAUUUUGAAAUGCAUUUUAAGAAUCAUAGAAACAGUGAAAUAUCAUGCUAACCACACAUUUCGCUGAUAUUUUAAGAAAAUGAUAAGCUUUGGUAACGCAGCUUCAUCUCAUAGUGGUUUGAUUCCAUUGAAAACUGCAUACAGGAAAGGAGAGGAAUUGGUCUGAGCGAUCGCGAGUAAGAAGAAUUUUAUUAACUUGCAUUCAGUUGCUUUUGAUACAGUUUUUGGACGUAAUUUGGUCCAUGCCUAAAAAUUUCGCCUUUUUCUAAAAACCGCUUGAUAAAUGUUUUUAUAAAUUUGACAAUCCCGACAUCAAUUGUCAAGAAAUAUUCCCUGCAAGUUUCGAGAACAUUGAAAACAGGAAAAGCUUUUAAAUACGGCCUCAAAUAUAGCCAAUUUCCCCCCCAGAUUUUGUGUUUACAAGUGAGCGUCCUCAUUAUUCACUGACAUUGUUUUCAAGUUUCAUAGGCACGUGCACAACUAGCAAAAGACAUAAAUUUGCAUCAAAAAGAACUCUCGAUUACUUUCCGAAGAAAUAUCCGGAAUAUACUAAUAAUUGGCUUGUCGUCACAGAUAGCAGUGAGAGCCGAAACGGUGAACGUCACGGCUCAUCGUGCACAUUUAGCAAAAAGAUCUCCGGGAUAUGCUAAUUACCGAGUAAAGAGAUCAGUGAUACAUUAUAACAUCAGAGCAACUCUUUGUGAGAGUUUCUGUGAUGUUAUAACCCGAGUAAGAUAAUUAAGUAUUGCAUCCUACACGAUGAGCCGUGAAGUUCACCGUUUCGGCUGUCACUGCUAUCUGUGACGACAAGCCAAUUAUUAGUAUAUUACUAAUACUCCCUUAAGCGAUUUCUUCAUAAAACUCCUGGUACAGAGAAACACAAAGAUAAAUAAAAAACGUAAUGCCGUCAUUACAUUGCCAUGGCGACUCCGACUGCAAUAAAACCCAGAUCAUAAGAAAUUUUCAUCUUUAUAUAAUACAGUUGUGGUAACGUUUUUUCCAUAUCUUUACUCAUGCCGACGUAGUUAAUUCUCAAACUUGGGAGGUAUCAACCCCAAAAAUUCCAGUCGAGCCACCUUAAACACUUUGGUUGUCCAUUAAACAGCUCACUGGUCUAAACUGGUUGUCUGACUGUGUAAAGAUUUCUUUCAGUGUCAAGAACUGGAAUACACCAAUGAUAUUUGACCUCAAGAAUGGAAGCGUUACUCUCAUUGUUCAAACAGAGAAGUGAGUUCUCAAUUGAAGUGGGGUUCCCAUCUUAUUUUUCUCCCCAUGGAACUGACAGCACUCUUUUUACCUUGCAUUAUUCUCAAUUUUUCAGGCACUUUCUUUUGGUGGAUGAUGCAGGUCUCCAAGUAUACUCCUACGAG